AUGAAUUAUUCUCACUGGAUUAAAAAAACUAUACCAAACAAAUAACAAAUGAAAAAAGCAUCCCCAAAUACCUCAAGUACCACUAAGAAAAAAAUCAUUAAAGAAGAAUUAGUAGGCAUACGAGAAUUGUAUAAGGAGGAAAAAUGGUCGCAACUUAUUGCAAUUUCAAAACGAAAUAGAGGGUUGUUCUAAGAGUACGACUAAAUUAGAGUGCAAGGGAGAGACAUCAAUGUUGGAGAGGCAGUUUUAAUCAACAGUGGCGAUAAUCAUGAGGAAGAUUAUGUUGGGAUUAUCAAAUAAAUUGUAUCUGUAAUGGUCCCUAGAACAAACAAAUACAUUUGCUUAUGCAAUGUUGAAUGGUACAUGAGAAAGAGUGAGGUUAUUAAAAACCACCCAAAAAGUAAUGAAUGGGCCUCGGAACAGGAAAUCUUUAAAACCAAACUUUCUGAGUAUAUUUUGGCUUAGACGAUAAUAGACAAAUGCAAUAUUGUGACAUGUAAAGAAUAUGCUGAAUUGAAUGAAAUAGAGUCAAAUGUUUACUUUAAUAGAUUGUCAUGGGAUUUGGAAAAAAGUAAAUUUAGGGGGUAUGAUAAACUACAAAAAUUUUGCUUGUGUCAUCAACCUUUAAAUCCAGAUAGAAAAUACAUUUAGUGUGAUUCAUGUAAGGAAUGGUAUCAUUUUGAAUGUGUUGGAAUUCGUUAGGAGAAGAUGGGGAGUGGUCAUUAUUUUUGUUCAAUUUGUAAGUGA